GACAACAGGUGCAUACAGGUGAAGCUAGCUUUUAUAUUAAAGCUCACGCUGAUGAUUCACUUACCAUUUUGCCAGCUUUUAGGGUGCCAGAGUUAUUAAAACGUACUUUAACCCUACCAAAGGGUUAAAAUACCCUUUUGGAACACAUAUCCUUAAUCUGUAGCCGUCGUCCAACGUCUGUUGGUAGCAGUCUCAGUGAAAGUUGCUAAGCUCCGCCCUUCCUGGCCACGGGGCGGUGCCUGUUGGUUGAUUCAGCGUACACCUCGCUCACCUACAAACCGGAUUGGAUGUUUAAGUUUAAGGAUCACGUGACUUUUGCCGCGUAUUUAAAAAACUAAGCGGUUAUUGUGUAGCUGCAGUGCCGUAAAGUGUCUACAGAGGGCGCUAUUACAUGACUUCUCCUGCCUUUGCUUGCUUCAUGUGACGCUCAUCUGUCACAGUGGUGGACAAAAGCAGCACACUGGCUUCUUCAGGAAAGGCUUCCUCAAAGUUAUCAUUUGAUAACAUGUCCCUGUACCGAAAUACCGUCUGGUUCCUAAAUGGAAUACACCAUUACACAAGGAAUGGAUAUGAAGCAGCAUCGAAAAACUUUGAGCCACAGGACACGGAUGUGUCCGUUGUGGGAAGGACUUUUAUGGUCACUGGAGCCAACAGUGGAAUUGGGAAAGCGACUGCCAUGACUAUAGCCAAGAAAGGUGGAAGAGUACACAUGUUGUGUAGGGAUAAAGAUAAAGCUGAAGAGGCCAAGGAGGCGAUUAUUCUUGAAUCUGGGAAUACCGAGGUAUACAUCCAUAUUGUGGACUUGUCAGAGUCACACAAAGUCUGGCAGUUUGCUGAGGACUUCAAGAAGCAGUAUUCAUCUUUACAUGUGUUGAUAAACAAUGCAGGAUGUAUGAUACACAACAGAGAGGUGAAUGAUGAAGGCCUGGAGAAGAAUUUUGCUAUCAACACGAUGGGGAUGUAUCUUCUCACUGAGAGUCUCAUACCACUUCUAGAAAAGAGCCGGGAUCCCAGGGUGAUCACCGUGUCAUCAGGAGGCAUGCUCGUCCAGAAGCUGCAGAUUGAUGACUUACAGUCGGAGAAAGGGUACUUUGACGGUGUCAUGGUCUACGCCCAGAACAAGAGACAGCAGGUGGUGCUGACAGAACAGUGGGCCAGAGAGUACCCUGCCAUUCACUUUUCAGUCAUGCACCCUGGCUGGGUGGAUACACCAGCUGUGUCCACAUCCAUGCCUCAGUUCCACAGCAUGAUGGGAGGCAGGUUACGCACUGCAGAGCAAGGAGCAGACACGGUGCUUUGGUUGGCUUUGUCCCGAGCUGCCAGCAGAACCCAAAGUGGGCAGUUCUUUCAAGAUCGUAGGCCCGUCUCUACCCACCUCCCCCUGGCCUGGACUCGCAGCUCUACAGUGGAGAUUCUGACUUUCAUCGGUCACCUGGAGAUUCUGGCCAAAGCUGUACAGUCGCUGCCUGAUCCACAGCUCAGUAAUCCACGAGCCCCCAGCACCACUCAUGUCAUAUAAGUGUCAAUGAUUAGAACCAAUAAAAUCAGUUUCUGGGGAAUAAUACACAUCAUUUUUCAAGACUACACAAUGACUUUUAUCGUAUUAGCAUCAAGUUUAAAAUGCACAGUAUAUUAUUUCAUUCACAAAAGUGAACACAGCCCUAAUAUUUCCAUGUUAUGACAGUAUAUGGUCUAAAAAGGACAAUACUACAGAAAUUAAACUUGUAAAUGUGUUCUGGUGUUAGGGGAGCUGAGUAGGGGGCGGACAGAAAGUGUCAUAAGCGUUUCACAGUAUGGUUUUAGUUUGACAUGGAUUUAUGGCUGCAACAGUGUUUUAUUUGGGAUUAUUGUUCCUUUUUUGGCACAAUUUAAACCUGCAAUAAAAGCCUGUUGUUCCAGCAAUCAAUCACUCACACCUAGCGUCUCAAUGCCUUGUACUUGUAGGGUCCGCUCUUUUGUGAGAUACUCUAUAACAGGGGUCUCAAACACACGGCCCGCAGGCCAAAUGUGGCCCGCAGGUCACUAGUUUGAGGCCCCCGCCUUGAUAUGAAAGUUUAAUGUUAGUGCGGCCUGCACAAGUUUGAUAUGGAUGCUGUAUGGUAUCAUGUACCCAGAAAAAAAUAUUACGUUUGAUUAAUGUUCAUGUUUAAGGUUAAAUAACUGUUAAUAGUUAUCCUCCCUAUCCGUGUGGAAGUGGUAAGUUAUUGGCUUUUUAAGUUUAAAGGAAAUAACUUGGAGGCUACCGUUUAGGUCGCUAGCUCUCUAGUUUGUGAGUUAGCAUGUGUCUCAAGACCCUGCAGUUGCGCAAUAUGUUGUAAAUAAAGAGUAUAAAUGUGACUAUAGUCGUGUUUUGUCAUGUCUACAGGGCUCUAAUAAUGCUUUGUU